CGUUAGCACCGACUUAGGCGCCGGUUUGUGAUGACUGCAGCAAAAAUAAAAUAAUUACAACAAUAAUAUAAUAACUAAAAAUAAAAAAUAAUAAUUUAAUUAAUAAAAGAAGCGACGUACGAAUUGUAAACAGUAUCUACCGGAAAGAAAAGACUUGCUUUCAAGGUUAUUGAAAAUCGUCUGAAGUAUACGUUCAGGCGCACUUUUCUUUUCGCGCACACCUAUUCGCCAGUCAAUUAGUGUGUCCAGUCAAGGUGGACGCUGAAAAGAAAGUUAUAUAUUUUAAGGCGCUCUACGGUGUGUUCACAUAGUAGUAGUAGUGCGUGUGGAUUGUGUAUGCCACCAACGGUUUUCGUUUGCGAUCAUUGCUUCGGCUGAGCAUGAAUAUACUUUACGUGCAACAUCUAAGAUCUUAAACUGUAACCGAAUGUUACAUAACUUGUGAGAAUAACGGAAAAUAACUUGUAUUUGUUUUCAAUCAAACGAAAUAGCAAAUACCGUAUUUGAUGCGAGCGUUUUGUGAAUCGACAAUCGUUCGAGCACAUGUGCGGGUUACAUUUUAAAACGAGAAAUAGUCCGUCUCAAAAGACGUCCCUACGCUGGGGCGAUAGUUGCAAUUUUCAUUAACAAAAAAAUACAAAAAUAUUUGUGCUCGCAAUUUAUUGAUAUAAAUAUAAUCUAAAAAAUAUAAAUUGGUAAUUAAAUGCAUGCUUGAAGCAUAUAAAAAAAAGUACAUAAGUAUUUAAGUAACUAAAAGUAAAUACAAAAAAAAAUAUUCUAAAUCAAUUGGAAACAGUAUCUACACUAAAACUGAUUCUGUAAGUGUUCCUUUGGCCCGAAUAUGUCCAUGAAAACUAAAUAAUAGAAAAUUGAAACUAAGCUUGGACAAGGUCAUCACUCGAAUCACACGGAAAUUAAAAACACAUUUUUGAUUGAAACAAUAAUCUGGAGAUAAUACACGCCCCAACAUGAUUAAUAUCGCUGGUGUGGUGAGCAUCGUGCUCUUCUAUCUGCUAAUUCUGGUCGUGGGCAUAUGGGCGGGACGUAAGAAGGCGGCCGGCAAUGAUUCCGAGGAGGAGGUGAUGCUGGCGGGACGCUCAAUUGGUCUUUUCGUAGGCAUAUUCACAAUGACCGCAACUUGGGUGGGUGGUGGCUACAUAAACGGCACGGCAGAGGCCAUCUACACAUCCGGUCUGGUGUGGUGUCAGGCGCCAUUUGGUUAUGCCUUAAGCUUGGUUUUCGGUGGCAUUUUCUUUGCAAAUCCCAUGCGUAAGCAAGGUUACAUAACCAUGUUGGAUCCGCUGCAGGACUCUUUUGGUGAACGCAUGGGUGGUUUGCUCUUUCUGCCGGCCCUCUGUGGCGAGGUAUUCUGGGCUGCUGGCAUUUUAGCCGCUUUGGGCGCUACGCUGUCUGUAAUCAUUGACAUGGACCACCGCACUUCGGUGAUACUCUCCUCGUGUAUUGCCAUUUUCUACACGCUUUUCGGCGGCUUAUAUUCCGUCGCUUAUACCGAUGUCAUACAACUAUUUUGCAUAUUUAUCGGUUUGUGGAUGUGCAUACCAUUCGCUUGGGCCAAUGAUCAUGUGAAGAGUUUGUCCUCAAUGGAGGUGGACUGGAUGGGGCACGUAGAACCGGUGAAACAAUGGUUCUACAUAGAUUAUGGACUGCUAUUGAUCUUCGGUGGCAUCCCGUGGCAGGUGUAUUUUCAGCGCGUGUUAUCAAGCAAGACAGCUGGUCGCGCUCAAUUGUUGUCGUAUGUUGCGGCAGCUGGUUGCAUCCUCAUGGCAAUACCGCCGGUACUCAUUGGCGCCAUUGCCAAAGCAACAGCAUGGAAUGAAACCGAAUAUACCGGCCCCUAUCCACUAACCGUCGAGCAGACUAGCAUGAUAUUACCUAUGGUACUACAAUACCUUACACCCGACUUUGUAUCAUUCUUUGGUCUUGGCGCCGUUUCGGCAGCUGUCAUGUCCUCGGCGGAUUCGUCGGUGCUCUCGGCUGCAUCCAUGUUUGCGCGCAAUGUUUACAAAUUAAUUUUCCGUCAAAAAGCUUCCGAGAUGGAGAUUAUUUGGGUGAUGCGUGUGGCCAUAAUAAUCGUGGGCAUACUUUCAACUAUAAUGGCACUUACGAUUCCCUCCAUUUAUGGACUUUGGUCCAUGUGCUCGGAUUUGGUGUAUGUCAUUUUGUUCCCACAACUUUUGAUGGUCGUGCACUUUAAAAAGCACUGUAAUACUUACGGCAGCUUAGCUGCCUACAUUGUGGCGCUCUUUAUUCGUUUGUCGGGUGGUGAGGCAAUGCUUGGUCUGGCGCCACUAAUACAUUUUCCCGGCUAUGACGAGGAGACGCAAACCCAGUUAUUCCCCUUCCGCACCAUGGCCAUGUUAAUGAGUCUGAUCACGCUGAUAGGUGUUUCUUGGUGGACAAAGAUGAUGUUUGAAUCGGGUAAACUUCCACCGAAUUACGACUAUUUUCGUUGUGUCGUGAAUAUUCCUGAAGAUGUACAAAGAGUGGGAGAGCCUUCAGAAGCUGGAGAGCAGCUUUCUGUUAUGGCUGGUCCAUUGGCACGUUCCUAUGGUGCAGCCACAAUGGCUGGCAAGGAUGAGCGUAACGGACGUAUUAAUCCGGCGCUCGAGUCCGACGAUGAUUUACCCGUAGCCGAGGCGAAACGUAUGAAUCAGCAGACAGCGCAGGCGCAGGUGCAGAAAAUGUUGAGCAAGGCGACGGGUAAAGGUGGCGGCAGCGCAAGUGACUGCGGGGGCGGAGGUGGAGUCGGCUGUGAUGUGGGCAUGGGUCUCAAUUUAAGCGGACAAGGUAUGGCUGUGCCAACUGCUGAGCAUGAUAAUACUGCCUUCUAAGCACAUGUUCAAAUACACACAUAAACACACACAUACAAAUACAUAACGUGCAUAAAUACUUAUAACAUUGAAUUUAAUUAUUUAA